CUCACUUUCUCUACCUUGCUUCCUUCGCUCUUCCUAACCUUGUGGAUAAUACUAUAGAAGAUGGCCGAGCAGCAAGCGCUUAAGAAGACCCUCAACGAACUCAUCAAGCGCGAGGACCUCAAGAACAAGACCUGCGUAGACUGCGGCAACCCUAAUCCCCAAUGGGCCAGCGUUAGUUUCGCUAUCUUUAUUUGCCUUCAAUGUGCGGGACAGCAUCGCGGUUACGGUGUACACAUUAGCUUCGUGCGAUCUGUUUCGAUGGACACAUGGUCAGAGGAACAGGUCAAGAGGAUGCAGUUGGGCGGUAAUGGCCCCUUCAGAGAGUUCAUGGAAUCCUAUACGCCCGCUGAACAGGGUGGCUAUACCCAAGGCAUGAGUGCAUAUGAUACCUACCACUGCUGGGCGGCGACACAAUACCGGGAGAAGCUUGACGCGGAACUCGCUGGCAAACCCUGGUCACCUUCCCCUCCAACCGAAGGCACCAUGUCGCCCCCCGGCCGCCCUUCCUCCGCCCAAGGCCUCCGCAAAUCCCGCGCGUCUGGGCGCGCAGGCAGCGGGCUGCGUAGCAACAGCGGUUCGCCCGCCCCCAACUCGCCCUCGCCGGACCAGAAGAGCGCGAACGAGAGCUACUUCGCCAGCCUCGGGCACGCGAACGCGGCCCGGCCUGACAACCUUCCGCCGUCGCAAGGCGGGCGAUAUCAGGGCUUCGGCAGCACGCCGAGCCCGCAGCCCGCGCAGCCCCCGGCGUGGGCGCUGUCGUCGCAGGCGGCGCCGACGCUCUCGGAGAUACAGCAGAAUCCGACGGCGGCACUGAGCAAAGGGUGGUCGCUGUUUUCGUCCGUGGUCGCGGGCGCGUCGAAGGUUAUUGCGGAGAACGUCGUGCAGCCGGGGAUGGAGAAGGUCAUGGACCCGAAUCUCCAUCAGGCCGUCAAGGGAUAUGCGACCGAAGCUUCGAAACGUGCCGCAGAGGUUGGAAGCGUCGCCAACCAGUGGAGCAAACAGCAGUUCGGCGUUGAUGUCGCUGCGAGCGUCGGCGGCGCCGUGGGGACGGUGCGCCAGACGGUGGCCGGUCCGUCGCACGAGGGGUACUCGAGCAUCUCGCAGGACCACCAUAACGAGAGCUCGGCGCUGUACCAGGACGAGGACGAUUUCUUCGGAGAGUUCGAGUCGAGCGGCUCUGGAUCCCAUCCGCCGGCGCAACCUGCUACUCAACAGACUGCGACUUCUACUAGCAAACCGAUCGCUAAAGGAGAGGACGGAUGGGAUGAUGAAUGGAAGGAUUUCUGAUUGUACUCGUGUGCUUACGGUCUAUCGGCAUCCCGUUUGUAAUCGUGGGCUGUUUGACUGUUCGGUUGUGCGACACUUCUGUCAUAUAGCGGUGUUGCAGUGUUUAUCAGUAGAUGAGGAUCUGAGUUU